GCAGCGGCUGGCGGGCGGCGAGGCCGUUUCCGGCGCGGGGUUGUGACGUCUUAAGCGGGGUGCCGAGGUGUCCGGCGGGCGGCCGGGCAGGGCAGCUUGUAGGAGAUGGCGGAGUAUCUGGCCUCCAUCUUCGGUACCGAGAAAGACAAGUGAGUGGGUUCUUCCUCCCCCUGGCCUGCCCUCUCUCUCCAAGGGCGGGGUCCGGCCUACGCUUGCGGGGUAGGUGAGGGGGGUGGCGGGGCCUGUGUCAGCGCCCUGGCGGGGGCCAUUCCUAACAAUGGUUCCCCACGAGGAGCCCUUUUUUUCCUCGUUCUCUCGUGCGCGUGCGCGGUUCUUGGCCGUAGAAGCCUCGAGCGCGCGAAACCUCCUUCAGCCCUUGUUCCGUUGCUUCUGCUGCAAAGUGUCUGCCUCGUGCAAGCCUGAGAGGCGCUCCCUAUUGGAGCUUAGCGGGCGCGAUACUUCCUUCCCUCACGAGCCGAGGGAGGGAGCGCGCUCGCGCGCCUGCCCGCCCGCCAACAGCCCAGGGGGCGCGCGCGCCCUUCCGGAAAAGAGCUGAUGGCGGGCUCACGACUGCGAGGAAUCCCCAGAUCUGGGUUUUUUUUCUCUGCUCUCCUCUUGGUUUUCCUCAUGAGUUGAAUGAGGAAGGGGAAGGGCCGGCGCUGCUAAAACGGUCGGUCUGGCAGCAGGAUCGCCGCUGAAGAUCUCGUGGGGGAAAUCCCCUUGUGUGUCUCCGAGACGUAACGCUUUCUCAUCACGCCUAAGGAGUUUUGAAGGGGCGCAGAGUUUGUUCUGUUAGUGCAACUACAGCCUCAGUAGAAGUGUUCAAGCUGGCUUUCAUGAUCACACUCAAAUCUAUCUAUCUAUUAAAAGGUACAUGAGGUAGAAAACUGUACAUAAUAUUUUAGAGGAGGAGGGUUGUGGCCCUUAGAGCUGGGGACAUCUGCCUUCCACUCCACUUUUCUGUUCACAGGGAGAGGAGGGAAGCAGGUCUCAAUCUAUCUAAGCUAAAGAAGAUCCAUUGCGCACUACUAAACUUCAUGUCCAUGCACUGAUACUGGGAGGAAGCAGUAAACUUGAAUUUCCUAACUGGGCAGAAACAGUAAAAACCAGACCAUGCAGCAUGUUCUAUUUUACUUUCAUUGAAAGCCAUUUCUGGGGGCAGCUUACUACUAUGCUACACAAGUUAGUGCAGCACUGAGCAACUGAAUGUCUCCAACUUGCAGACAACGGUGCAGAAGACUCAUCAUAUGUAUACAAGUGUUGUCACAUGCCUGCCAAAACCACGCUUUUCAACUUUCCUAUGGUGUGGAAAUAAAGCAGCGAAUGUCUGCAGUUCACACCUAUGAUAUGAAUGUUCCCACCCCAUCUACUAUCCAACAUGCCCUAGUAGUGGACAAAUGGAGAGAGGAGAAAGUACCAUAGGUUGAGGCAGCGCAUCUGCUUGUUUUAUAGACGGUCCCAGAUUCAAUCCCUAGCCUAGCAUGUCCAGUUUGGGCUGGGAAAAGACUCCUGUCAGAAACCCUGGAGAGCUACUGAGUGAAGACAAUGGUGAACUCUAGUAAUUGACAAGUAAUUGACAUCUGCCCUCAGACCCCAACUUACAGCUUUCACCAUUCUCAGUUUUAGAGAAGGCGAUACUGUACUUUAAAACAGCCAAUAUCAAUUGUAGUUGAAUCAUUGCUAAAAUAGAUAUGAACUAGCACAGGAACAGAGAACACCUCUUCUAGACCUCAGGACUCCACUGGCCAUGCCUUGGCUGGCCCUGCUUCACAAAUCAAGUGCUUUUGCCUGGCCAGAGUGUAUUCUUUUGAUUAAUAAGCUUAGCUAUAACUCCAUAACUAGUUUGUAUAGAAAUGGUUUCAAUUGAUACAAUUUUUGUGUCUUUUGGUUUCAGAGUCAACUGUUCUUUUUACUUCAAAAUCGGAGCAUGCCGUCAUGGAGACCGGUGUUCUCGGUUGCACAAUAAACCAACAUUUAGCCAGGUUGGUGUAAAUUUUUUUGGUAGAAGUCUUACAUCCAAUGCAGCCAUGACUUUCAGAGCUCCAAUCUGUGAUUGUUAAAUCUGAGAAACUAUAAAAGUAUCAUGUAUAUAUUUGUUGAUUUGUCCUUGAGUUGCUAUUCAUUUCUUUUACUCGCCCUUUGAAAUAUUUUUUAAAAACUUUAAUGGUUGCAGAAUUUUUUUCCAUAAUUUUUCCAAUAUUAGAUGUCAGCCAGUGGUAACCUCCUGGGUAAUAUUUAGCAACUAUAUAGCUGGUUUUUUAUUUUAAAAAUGGGCCAAAUUCUCUCUUGUAAACCAGGGAUAGCCAAAAUGGUGUAAUCCAUGUGUUGUAGUGCAGCUGCCAUAGUCCCUGAGCACUGGCCACUACUUCCUUGGCAGGAGUAAUGGGAGUUGAAGUCUAACAACUUGGAGGACACCAUGUUGAUUGCCCCUGGUGUAAGUGUGCAUGUUUUCAAAUUUAACCAAAAUGCCCUGACAAAGCGAUUCUGUGAAAUAGCAAAAAUGCCCUUAUCCUUACAUUAUAAGAGAUGGUGGCAUUUGCAGAUGUCUUCUCUACUACUUUAUAUUUCCAAGUAUAGCAUGUGUGGAAUUCAGAGCAAUCCCUAUAAAAUGAGUGGGGGCUGUGUAACAGUAUGAGAGCAGCAUAAUCAGUUUCAAAACCUUUAAAGUAGUUUGAGAAUAUAGGCUAGCAUAAGGGUUCCCAAACUGUUGUUCACAAACCAUCAGUGAUCCACAAGCUUCAUUCAGGUGGUCCAUGGUGUGCCCGUAAAAAUACAAUGAAAAAUCAUACAGCAUCUAGCACAGUGCGUUAUAAUUGCUACAGUGGGCAGAGAAAACGUUAAGUGGUCCACCAAGACCCUAAGCCAUUUUCAUGUGGUCUUUGUAACCACUGGGUUAGCCUGUACAGAUUAAAGCUGGUUGGGAUGAUCACAUUCAGUUUGGUUGCUACAAUUUUGUUUAAUUUAUUUUUGAACUCUAAUUUUAUUUUUAAAAAUAUCCAAGCUCCCUUAUAUCUUAGCCUGCUCAUCUACUUUCAAAUAGUUAAGAUUGACAUAGUCAAAAUACAAAACAAAUAACUUCACCAACUUCAAUACUUAAGCAUGAAGUAAAGUAGAAAGAGGCAGUAAGGGAGAAUGUGUUCACAGACUGACUGCUUGGGCAACUCUUAAAGCUAAACUCCUAUGCACUCUUACUUGGGAAUAAACGCUGUUGAACGUAGUAAGAAUUUUAUGAGAGUACAUGUAGACGAGCAGACUGGAAUAGUUUGGAACAAUAGCUUGUCUUAUACUUUGAUCCACCUAGUAUAUAUGCCAUAAUAUUGUUGUGAUCCACCAAUUUAACAUCAUAGUUGGAUGCUCCGCUGAUGCCAAGAAUUUGCAUGUCCUCUCCUGAAUAUUUAAUUGUAGUAAAUCAGGAGUUGAACUGAGCUGUGGUAUCUGCAUUUAUUUGAACUUUGUAAUAAGAAUGCCAAAGCAGAUGAUUAAAUGUGGCAAGCUUUUGUGGAUUGUAGUUUAGGGUGAAUUCCAGUAGCUUCUGUGAGUGGAAUCAACUUAACAACAUGAUUUUAGCAUCCUGCCUUCUGUGCAGCCCUCCUUGUGCCCCUAUAAUCUGCUCCAAAGUGUUGGUGAGGAGACCUGGAGUGAAGCUGGGGUUAUGGGGAAGAAGAGGAAGCAGGGACCCUGUUGCUGUGCACUUGCACAGUGUUGAAUUUCAGCUUCAGUCAGGGUUAUUUACAUCUGUUGUAAUGACUGAUAGAACAGUUAAGAUAUCGUUAUUAGGAAUCCAGGAUUGUUUGGAAGAUUUUAACUUGCAUCUUCUAGAUGUGGAGGGACAAUUUCUGUAUGUUGCUUUUUCAAUAGAAUUUUGAUCUUUGUCCCUCCAUUAUGCACACCCCAUUUAUAUAUGUGCAUUCAAAUACUAUUUUGCAGUUAGGUCAGCUAAUCUGAUCUGUGACUUAAAUUUAAGAGUCUUCUUUCCUGCUUACUUAAACCAAAUAAUUUGGCUUAAUAAAUUAAUGUCACAAUGUGUUAGGUACUGAACAAACAGUGAAUAUAUAUUGUGUUCCUACUGCUACUACUGAAAUUGUUUAGUAAUUCAAUGUGGUUUAAAAGACUACCAUGCUAGUUCCUGCCCAGCUUGCACUAAAAUAGAGUUGCAGGUGAGAGAAAGUUGCAAGUACUCUCAAUUCGAAAUAGGCUAAAAACAGUCAACAAAUGUAGAUGUAUUUUGUCUCUACCGUGGCUAGGGACCAGAGGUUAACACUGGCUGGUUUUAUAAAAACAAAAAAGCUCUGAAAACAAUGUUUUCUUUAAAUACAGUUGGUUAUAUUAAAUUUGAAUGAAAGCUCAUGAAAACUAACAUUUUUAUUAAGUAACACUGAGCUACUUACACUAAUAUGGACAUUAAAACUCUGAGAUAUUAGAUUACUAACUUAAACAUGGUUUGUUUUUUCAGACAACUUGAUUUUAAGAAGAACGAUACAAAUGUAAGGUUUCAAGUCUGCCUGGGCAAAUCCUUCAAGUAGAAAGCACAAUGGCUGAAAGGAUAUUCUUUCUUUAAAGAUCUGCAAACUGAACAUUUAGAAACUCAUAUUAUUUAAACAGACGUUCCACCAAGGAAAUGCUUGUUUAGAGAAAGUGAAGAAUCCUGUUCCUUGUGGCAGUGGCCUUUUGUUAGAAAGGCACUGCAUAUUUGGGGCACCAUGUAGCAUUUUUUAUGGCCCUCCAUAUUUGAUAGGAUUAAAAUUAGACUAAAUUUAGGCCCAUGCUAGUAAGUUACUAAAGUAGCAUAUUGCUAAUUCUCUUUCUGGGAGCUGGGCUGAGGAUGCCUCCCUUGAUAAGCCAAUAGCGCAACUUCUUGGUGAAAUUAAAACUUGUUUACAUAAUAUGACUGAGUGAUAUUUCAAAACAUGGUGCAAAUAAAAAAGAAAAUAGUGUACCAUUUGAAUAUAAUUUUAUAUUAAGCUGUUCGCAAAAAAGUUGUCUCUUUGCAAUUGUCUAUUAUAUGCACAGCAGCCAGUAGAAUUCCCCUUUUUAUUUUUUUUUCCCCGCAGACCAUCUUGAUUCAAAACAUCUAUCGUAAUCCCCAAAACAGUGCACAGACGGCUGACGGCUCACACUGUAAGUCCCACAGUUGGAGAAAUUUUUUUUAAGAAUGGUGUAAAAGAGCCCAUUCCUAAAUAUGAGAAAAUCAUGUUGGCUUCUGAGCUGCUGACAUAAAGCUGUUGCAAACAGGACAAGUGACGGAACUCUUACAUAAUGAUCAAGCAUUUGUCAAAUGCCUAUGUUAUGUGCAAAAAAAAUGGUUAAAAAUGAUUGGAAUUUUUUGGUUCAAAACUUCCCGUAUAAGAACAUGAGCAUUAAGAGAUGUUCAUUGUUUAUAGUACACCUUAGGCAUUUAUCAAAUGACUUGAUAUUUUAAAAUCUGAAAACAUAGGCUUUUUUGCCAUAUACGGUAAGUGAUACUUGGGGAUUUUUGGUUCACCUUAACAUUCUUAGGCAAUAGAGAUUUCAUAACAGCCUUAUUAUUGUGUGUUACAGUGGGAUCUAGUUCCUGACAAUUUUCAACCUUUCCAUAUGUUAAGGCUAUUUAUUGCUUCAGGUUCAAGAUUUAUGAUAAUAAAAUGCCAUUAGAUGCAUUUUAAAUAAAUGCAAUAAUAAGUGUUGUGAGAUCUCUAUUUUUUUCCUCAAUACUAGGGUGGUUCAGAAGGGUCACAAGUCAAAUGGCGCAUAUUUCCAUCGGGAGAAAAUAACAUUCUCUCUUUCAGCACUGAGACUCAACUAAAAGUGAUCACCACAAGGAAACCAGUUUCUUGUUAAAACUUAUUUUCCAUAAUAUAAAGUUGUUGCGUUUUGUAUUUCAGACCAUUGCCCUCUUGAACAUUUACCGUAACCCUCAAAACUCUUCCCAGUCUGCUGACGGUUUGCGCUGUAAGUUCAUACAAGUUCCUUCACUGGUUCCCUGGGCUUGAUUGUCAGAGCUCAGUGUCAACUGAAGCUGGUCUACCAUUUUUAGUUUAAUGGAGCAAACUGAUCACAUUUUAUUAAAUGUGCCUGAAAUUUUUGGUCCUUCACAUAUCCCAUGCCCAACCCACCCCCCCAAAAAACUUGUUUCCUCUGAAACUUUGGCUACCUGCCUAUUUUAUGAAUUUUUUAAAGGGACACAUUUUAAAGUUUUCUUGAGCAAUGGCGCUCUCUACUCCAUCCUUGCCAUUGGCCUCCAUCAUUUUAAUGUGUCCUUGCUUAUAUUUAAUGUCACAUAUUACUGUUAUCCAAAGGCUAGGUCAACAGCUUAUUAACUUAACUCAAGCACUUAUCCAUCUGUUUACAGAUGUUAAAAUCACUUUAAUUUGAUCUCUCUGCAUAGGUACGGUUAAAAUUCCUUCCUUGCUUUAAAAUCUGAAAUUAUGAACUGAUAUUCAUUUAUGGGAAAGUGUGGAGAUUGUCUUGAACUAAUUCUUAACACUUGUGUAGUUAUAAACUGUGAAAAUAUUUGUCUACUGUACAUCAGUAGAAGUAAGUGAUUUAAAUGGGUAAAUAAUUCAGCUAAUCUGUAAUUUGCUCUUGAAGCAGUUAAACAAUGCAAUAAUUAAAUGACUUAUCGUUAAGCACAGUCUGGUAUUUACCACACUAUUUCUACUAGCGCUGCUAAAUGAUAUUCAGUGUUAUGUUCGUAUCUGGGCAUGUGCUAAAAUUUCCACCAAUCUGGUAUAAGUAAUUCAUGCUGUAGCUGCAUGGUUUGCUGUGGAGCUCUUUUUAAUUGUCCGGAAUUUACUGGCUGAACAAACAUAGCAGCACGUCUCUUUAAAAUGAUAGUUCAAAUGUAAUGUUUAAAAUUUGGUCUCAGUUGAGUAAUGCUGCUUGAGAAACCAACAGCCUUUUGCUGUUUUAGGAAUUGCAUGGUUUGUUAUAGUUACCUAGCAAAUAUUUACAUUGUUUAACUAUUCUGCUUUCCAUAUAUGUCAUAUAGUAUUAUCAGUUGUGUCUAGUAGAUGGUGUACUUGUUCAACCUAGUAAAACACCAUCACUUAAUUUGGUUUGUUUUAGUGUUAUGUCAUACAGGGAAAUGGUUUUACCAAGUUUUAAAAAAAUCACAUAUGGCAACAAUUGAUAUGUGUUGAAAAACCAAAGUAGAUUUUUAAAAAUCUUGUUAAUGACUAUUUCUAUUUCUGCUGACAACUGAGAAAACAGUUAGCUAUUAAGCUAUCUUGAUAAUUUGGUUUGGGACAGUUUAAUCCAUUUUUAUCAAGCUCAUAGUGUAUUUUAAAUGGGAUUCAACGUCUGUCAGUCAACAUUUAGUUCCUAAUUCAAUAGUGUCCCUUUAAACUUAAUGUAGAGUUGUAAGUGUGGUCAUAGUUUAAUUGAAAAUAAAUCCGAGAGUGGAUCUCAGCUACUUUUUCUAUUCAUUAAAGGUGGUGGGAAACUGAAUUUUGAAAAUACCAUAGAAUUUUCCCAUCCUUAAGUAUUUUAGAUUUAUAUAUGAGAGGGUAAGAUGCUUUCUAGAACUACAGACCACUCAGGGUCAGAUAGCUAUACAUAUAAAGUUUUAAAUUGUGCUUAAUGUAUGCUAAAAUGCUAUAUCCGUCAGUUUUUGCCAUACAUACUGGUUUGAAAUUCUUAUUUAUAUAUAUUUAUUUAUUUAUAACCUCCCCUGUUUAUGAACAGGUGGUCUAGAUGCCUGCAAAUGCAUACUUAAGGGCAUGGAAAUAAUAUAGCAUGACUUACUUUAAGUAUUCUGAAAAAUGUGAAGACUGAAAUAGCUUUUGGAGCAAAAUUGGGUUCCUUUCCCCCGUCAGUAAGCCUAGUUUUGCUAAUUUGAAGGAAGUAGAAACAUGUUAACUUAAUAUUGUGUUCAGUAAAGCAUAUGAUUUGUGAACAGUUUUAAUUAGCAAACUAAUUAUAGUGUACGUGGCCACACUCUAAGGGAUACUGCUCUGCUGUCGUAAGGUAUUCAGCAACAGAAGUGGGGGACAUUUUUAGUAGUUCCUUUUACCCACUAAAAUCCCUACUCCCAAAAAACCCCUGCACCAGAGGAUUGGGGAACCCUCAAGCACAUUUGGAGGGAGGGAAGCCUGCUUGAGAAAGAAGGAUUUGCUGAAAAUUUCCUUCUUCCCUGUUCUGUUCAGAGAUGCCUGCUGUCAGUAGAGCAACACCUGUUGGAUUCCACUGUUUGCUUUUAGAAUAAUUUUUAAAUUAAAUUCCCUUAUACAGUAUUUUAUUUCUCCCCUUAUCUGAAUCCUAGUACAUUCUUCAAAGGUUGUUCAUGAAAAUCUGGUGCACUAAAAUUAAGAUAGUUGGAGCUGGGGGCGGUUGCAUUCUAUAUCAGAUCAGUUUCCUUAGAUUUAAACCAUUCUCUAUGGAAGUGUGUUAUCUAUCAGGUUAUUGAUUAAAACUAUUAAGAGAUUGUUGUGAUUGUUUUUUCUUUAGGGGCUUGGCAGAACUGUUUAUGGUCUACUCCUAAUGGUUAGCUACAUAUUGCGUAUUUUUUACUCCAGUAGACGGCUUCUACUUACUUUUCAACUUACAUAAAAUAUUUUUAAUGUGCUCAGAGUCCUUUGCCUUGUUUGAGAUUAGAUUCUAAUUAAUAUGGCUUGGUAUUUGCAGGUGCUGUGAGCGAUGUUGAAAUGCAGGAACAUUAUGAUGAAUUCUUUGAGGUAUGUUACACUGAGUAUUGUUUUGAAAACUUUAUAUAAAUGAGAACAUCAAGCACAGUUAACAUUAUAAGCUUUGAAGUUUAUCUUAGAGCAAAAGAUGAACAAAAUUAUGCCAGAUACUCUUCAUCAGCAGGAGGGGAGUAUUUGAAAUUCUUUGUUCCUUAGAUUCAUCUUAGUAAAGUUUAUCUGGCCUAAGUAAUAAUUCCCUGUAACAAACAAUAGAUUAUGGGAAAACGUAACGAGUGAUAUCCAGCUAGUGUCCCUGAGGGCAUUUCUCAAGCCUGUAGGCCCCACCAGACCACUUUGGACAAACCACACACCAAGAUUGUUUGACAUCAGGCAUCAAAAAGUUCAAGCUGUGGUUGCAAAGGAAGAAUUGGGAAAGUACUUAAACCAGAUGUUUUCAACCUUUUUGAGUCCAUGGGUCCCUUGAGCAACUUCCUUCUUUUUGUGGCACCCCUGUGGGGCUCAGGAGCCCAGUUAUGUCACCCCUUGCUUGCAGAGCCAGCAGCCUCUCACCCUUUUUCGAACACCCUCCCUUCUGGAGUGUUUCCUCAGUCUCCUCUCUCUUUUCUUUGGGAGUCGUCCAGGUGGCUUCAACUCCUGCCCCUGUUCUCUGAGCUGCAACACCCACCCCACCCCAAAGAGAGUUGCUUCCUCACGUCGCCCCACAGGGGCCUGGGCAGAGGAUGCCCCCAGCCUUAAUGGCUCAGCGGAGACUGGCCAAAGGUGAACAUGCACCUUACCUUGGGAGGCUGCAGUGGCGGCAGCAGAGUUCCCCACCCCUGAACAAAGUCAGGGUAGGCCCAUUGAAAGAAAUGGGCUUAAAUUACUUAAUUUUAAUUCAUUGAAUCUGCUCUGAGUGUUAACGACACAGGAUAUUGCCUAUUUUAUUUUUCAAUCUUCAGUUAUUUUAGUUUCAGAUGUGUAGUUUAAUUUUGAAUUCUUAUUUGUUAAAAGCUAUUUAUGUCCUGCCUUUCUGGAUACAAAUGCUUCCAAAGUGGCUUACAAGUAACAUCAAGAUGCAGUCUUUGAAGCCAUCAUAAACAAUAUCAAUAUAUAAACAUAUCAGCAUAUAAAAUUGUUACGAUUUCCCCUACAGGGCAGUUGGUGGUAGAUGGGAAAGAGAGCAGUUAGGUCAAACGGACUCUCAGGUCUUGCUUUCUUCUGGAAUCCUUCUCAACAAGACAGCUAGUGGUAGAUGGCCCUGUGGGGGGGAAUAGGGAUAGAGCCAUUGCCAAACCCUGUGUAGCCAAGAAAAACAGAUCAAAUGCCAAGUUGGUGAUGUAUAGGCUUGCUAAUCCAUCUAGUUUAGAUCAAAUUAACACUCAUUUUUUCUUCAUUUAGGAGGUCUUUACAGAGAUGGAAGAAAAAUAUGGUGAAGUAGAAGAGAUGAAUGUCUGUGAUAAUCUUGGAGAUCAUCUGGUUGGAAAUGUAUAUGUAAAGGUAAGAUAUAAAAAGUCCACAACUGCUGAUCAAAAUCUUUAAAUGUCUUGCUUUGUAUAUUUGAAAAGUAACUAGCAGUCUUGAAUAGUUAGGCUAUAUGUAUAGCAUAAAUAUUAAUGAAUACUUUCAAAUGAAACCUAUUAAGCCCAGCAAGAAGUGUAAAUAAAGAAAUGUGGUGAAUGAACUAAAAUGCUAUCUCCCCUUAUCUGACUGUCUGCAUUGUUUCUAUUUCCCCCCAAUAUCACAAUCACCAUGUCUGUAGACACUUAAUCAUCUUAAUUGUAGAGUGCUACAACAGAGCAACAAAUGUUUAGAACAACUUUUCAGAUUGGGAUUCAUAUAUGGAACUUUUGUACAUGUACUCUCCCCUUCCCUGCAUUUUAACAUUACAAAGUAAUUGGUUCUUGUAUCUUAACUAUCCCUGAUUCAGGUCCAGCCUGGGGCAUUUCCUUUUUUUUAUUCUCAAAAGUAUACCAGGCAUUGGUCAGCACUAUAGCUACGUAAAGUGGUUGUUAAAUUGUGUAAUUCUGUCUAGGAUUUUCCAACAAGGAAAAUGUAGUUUACUAAAAUUAUUAUUAUGACAUAGGAAACUAUUAGGCAAAUCUAAGGAACAUCUUAGGGGAAAAAAACUAGAAAAAGCAAAAUAAAAAUAGCCACUGAAGUGCAGUUGGAUAGUGAACUAAUGCUGCUAAAAAUGACCUAAGUGUUGCUGGAGUAUAUCUUGGAACGGUAGCUGCCACAUCCACUUGAAUAAGCAGGGCUUAUUCAAAUCUUUUCAAUUGACACUGGUGAAAACAUUUCUCAAUUCAUUCUUUCCUCGGACAGGCAAAACUAGACACAAAUGUGUGCCCCUCUAUUUAUAAAUAUGCUGCUACUGAAACCAAAUUUUUUGCUUCCAUAUUCCCUUCCCAUACCAAUACAUUUGGGUCCAAAAUACUUUUGUUAUUGUCAGAAUACAGUACAGUGAGACUGUUUAACUGUAUUGUUAUUGUCAGUCAACCAAGGUCAACAUAGAAUACAGUAUCUAACUUUACUACAAGCAACUGGUACAUUUCUAUAAUAGGCAGACUACAUUCAGCUUCCUUCAUAUGAACAUAUAUUGGUUCUUUUUUUUCCUUUUAAGAAAUUUAACAAAGAGGAUUUUUUAAAAAGGAUUAUCAAUAAAAAUGUAAACAUGACAAAAAAUGAAUGGUGUAUGAAGAAUAGUGAUACCUUUCAAGGACACAUUAAGGAUAUAAUUUUGAUUCUAAUAAAAGUAUAUCACGUUCUGAAAGAAUUCUGCCCUUAUGUGUUGAUAUGCUAUUGACUGCUGCUUGUGUCCCCGUCCCCUGAAACAUGCUUCCUUACUAUUUCGCUAACGCUACGUAAAUGAAGCUUUUGUGCCUUCCUAAUUUUCAUGUUGGCACUGAGAAUCAUGUCAGUUCCUAAUAAUAUGUAAAAGGGGAGAGUUCAUUUUUGUAAAUAUAACCUCCUUUUUUUCCAGUUUCGACGUGAAGAAGAUGCAGAAAAGGCAGUGAUUGACCUGAACAACCGCUGGUUUAAUGGGCAGCCGAUACAUGCAGAGCUCUCCCCUGUGACAGAUUUCAGAGAAGCUUGCUGCCGCCAGUAUGAAAUGGGGUGAGUAAACUGUUUUCUGCUGUCUCCAUUUUUGAGGUGAUUAUGAAAUGCUUUUUUGUUUUAAAAAAUCAUGAGUGACAGGACACUGCUCCAUGGUUUUGAAUCCUGAUUUGCCCUCUGUGAAUGGACAUAUUCCCUACAUUCACAGAGGGACCUGGGAUCCAGUAGAACAGGCUUCCUCAAACUGCCUGCCAGAUUUUUUUUAUUGGCCUACAACUCCAAUGAUCCCUAGCUAGCAGGACCAGUGGUCAGGGAUGAUGGGAAUUGUAGUCUCAAAACAUCUGGAGGGCUGAGUUUGAGGAAGCCUGCAGUACAGACUCCUGCUGUACUACAGGACAGGAAGAGCAUUUUUUAAAAAUUCCCCAGCCCCCUGCAAUGCCUCUCCAUUGCUGUCAAGGUUCCCCAGCUCAACAAAGCAGAUUUUAAAGGGGAUGCAUGAGGAUUAGGCGAUCAGCAAGAAAUGCUACCCUCUUCUGGCAGGAGCAUCCUGUUAGUGGAACACCACUCAUAGAACAGUCCCGCCAGCAGAAACUUUGUUAGAAUCUAAGCCAAUAGCAUUUCCUUAAUCAUCAUCAAAAACCUUGCGUUGUUGUUUUUCCCCCCUCAAGGGAGUGUACACGAGGAGGUUUCUGUAACUUUAUGCAUUUGAAACCCAUUUCUCGAGAAUUGCGACGUGAGCUGUAUGGCCGCCGCCGCAAGAAGUAAGUGCUUGUUGUUCUUUUAUGUAAAAAAACCUUCAAUUUUAAAAAAUGUGUGUUUUUCUAAAAUGGGAGAACUUGUAGGUAAGCUAGGUGGUGCAAUACAACCAAAUUUGUCACAGCUUAUGAAGAUGAAGACUAGCAAUUCAUGGUUUUCAUGUUGCUUCCCUUCGCAUUUCAGUUGAAUGCAAGUAACUUUUGCAAACUGAAAACUGAAUGCAGUGGCUGACAAGCUGAGCUAUUAAAUGUUGGAGCAAUAAAUGUGCACUUGUUAAAUUGCUGAUACUGUGCUUUUUCAUAAGAAUUGUACCUUAGGACUGAUAAUGAUGGGCAAUAGUGCCCUAUUUCAUGUAGAGUACAUAAAUGUUGCAAUAAGGUGUCUCUUACUGUGUAUGGGUGAUAGCAUGAAUUGCUAUUGUUAUACCCCACCUUUUCCCCCUGACAGGGAUUCAGUGGUGGCUUACGGAUAAAAAUAAGAACAGCUAAAAACAUAGGGGGAAAUAAUUUUUAAAAACAAUUAAACAUUGAUAGAAAUAUAUAUAAUCUAUUACAGCCAUACAAAUAUAUUUAUUUAAUACUGAUGUGCAGGUUAGCAAAGCUGGAGCAGGAUUGAGCACAGGUGAUUGGUUUUGCAAUACAGCACUAGUAAAAAGAUUGCAUUGGGUUGUAAAGGUGUGAGUUCAAGACUGAAAUAAGACACUGGUAAAAAUGUUGAUUUAUCAGAACUUCAUGCAACUUUAACCACAGGUUGAAGCAGUUCAUUCAUCAACUUAAUUAGGGUGUUCCUGUUCUCCCAUUAACACUUCUAAAUAUAUUUGCAGGAGUCUGGUAUGAAGUUGUUUUCUCUUAUUUGAGUUGUAAAUAUGGUAUGCAUCUGUAGCUUACAAAUGCUAGCUCUCAUAAUUCUAGCUGAGGUGGCCUUUUCCCUCCUCAAACGACCACAGGGCUAAGGAACAUCUUGAGCUAGUGUUGUAACGUGUUGACCAGUUUGUUACAUAAUUCUAAUCGGUGCUUAUUGUUUAAAUAUUUCUAUGUAAGCAGCUUUGUGAAGUUUGCCUAGAAAAGUGAUACAUAAAGUAUCUUUCAAUAUUUAUUUAUUAUUUAAGUUUCAUUUGAAAUCAGUGCUUCAUUCUGAAAAAAAUAUCACAGUGAACUUUUUAAUCUCUUUAAUCGCCACCUAGCGCUGUUUAAAACAAAAAAGCAAUCAUAAGUGAUACCCAAGUAUGACUCACUGAAAUCAAUGGCCUUAAGUUGUUGUUAUUAUAUAUUAAAUUUCUAUACUGCCUAAGUUACUUAGUCCAUUGAGCAACAUCCAGUGUCACACCAGCAAAUGUAACAUGAGUCCUGGUCCUGGUCCUCCCUUCCUGCUGCAGGUCCCAUGGGGGACGGGAGGAAAAACAAGUCUCAUUAGUGCAAGCAGAAGUGUUGCACAAGCGUGACUCCACAAAUGGAAAUCAGCCAUUGAUGUCUAUGGGUCUGCUCAGAGUUUGACUGAUGUUGGAUAUCACCCAUUUUGUCAACAAAAAGUUAGUCCCCCAAAGAAAUUCCAGGGAUUUCUCUGGAAUGAGUUUGCACAUCUUCCCCAUAAUGCAAGAGGAAGCUCUAUCUGCUUUUCCCAAGUUUAGCUGUAUCCACAGCUCUACAAAUACUACUUUUGGGGGUCGGAUCUAUUAUAUAAUUAUGCCAGAACAUGCUGGUUUAAAACCAGAAUGGGGCAAGGUAGUAGUACAUAAUUGGGAACUACUUGUUUGUCACCUGCUACAUGUGUUUGGUAAAAUGCUCCUCUCUAAAGGAUAAUUCAUAAUUGAAUUUAGGAUGUAGUUGCAUAAGUUUUGAAAUGUUAGAAAAGGAUGUUGCAGAAUAUCACAGCACACAAAUUCUGUAUUUUCCUUUCAUCUGGUUACCCUCCUCUAUGUGGACCACUUCCACAAGCUGCUAAAUACACAGUAGUAUUGAUAUAUAGCAUAUGCACAGGCUCUUAGAUGUGAAUCCGAUUCAAGCACACAGCAUAUUGGGACAAAUGUUGUUGGGUUGAGCACUGCUGCCUCUGAUGUAGCUCAGCUGCAUGGUGCCAGGGCCUGGCGGAAGGUAGCAGCCAGGAAUGGAAACCAGCAAGGUCUGUGCUGGCACAGCCAUCUUAAUUAUGCUUGCCCUACAAUUAAUUGGUGUAUGCUGGGGGCCAGGGCAGUAACAAUCAUGUUUGAUAUUGCACUUGUAACCUGCCCUAGGGCCUAAUGCUGAAAGGCAGAAAAGAAAUCUAAUAAAGAAUAAGAAUUAGGAAGUGGCAAGAAGGGGGCGACUGAGGGCAGUUUGCUUAUUUACAUGUUUUCCCAGAGGGUGAAGACAUUUACUAAAUAUUGAAAUACUCUUUGACCUGUUAAAAUUGCCUUUUAUAAAUGCCUAAUGUGUGUGUUCUGUUGUUGCCCUAUUCUAAUGCAGCUAUAUUUGGCUGCAAACGAGACUCCACACCCUUCACCUCCAUCCAUUUGGAAGAGGGCAAUUACUUACCAGGACCAAAGCUCAGGUCUCCUAGGUUACUAACAAAAAGUAUGGGCAGCACAGUUUUAGUAUUCAAAAAAGCAGACUCUUGUGUAAAAACCUUGAACAAGUUUGUUUUUUUAAGGUUUGUAUUUGAGCAGUUGUUGCUUACAUAGUUCUUGAUGCAAGGACAAAUGUGAGAAAGUUUUUUACUGUGCUCAUUUUUUUCUACCAGGCAUAGAUCCAGGUCAAGGUCCCGUGAACGUCGCUCUAGAUCCAGAGAUCGUGGUCGCGGAGGUGGCGGUGGUGGUGGAGGUGGCGGCGGCGGUGGUGGCCGAGAGCGUGAUAGAAGGCGGUCAAGAGAUCGUGAAAGAUCUGGACGAUUCUGAGCCAUGCCAUUUCUACCUUAUCUGUUAGAAAGUGUUGUAGUUGAUUGACCAAACAAGUUCAUAAUGAAAACUUUUUUUAAAAGAUGGGCUUCUGAAUAAAAAUUUGUAGUGAUACAGUUUUCUUUGCGUAACUGAUUUCUUAUGGAAAAAAUAUUUCUUUGACCUUGAUGAAUGAUUUGGGUGGGGCGGGGAUUGCUAUGUACUGCAGAAGAGCUGGUUUUUACAUUUGGAUAUGCAUUAAAUUGUUCAUGUAUAUAAUACAAAAUAUUAUAUACAUUAAAUUGUGCAUAAGCAGUUACUCAUUUAAGUUUCCCUCUUUUGUUAUGCUUUCUGCUUAUUUAGGUUAGCGUAGGCACCUCUAAAUGAAAGCUGUGAAGGAGCAUUUCUUUACUCGGACAAGAUGCUUAGUUAUAUAAAUCUGUAUGUUUCUUUGUUACUAAGAAAUCUGUUCUCUGUGAAUGUGGCAUUUACAAUAAAUCCAGUUUUUGAACUAAAAAUUAAAGCCUAUUCUCUAAGCACUCCUGAGUAGUUGAAACUCCAGGCUGUGCCAAAAUUCAGAGUUUAUUUGCACAUGGAAGCCUAUUUUAGUUAAAGUGCCAUAUGAAAGCUGAAAUUGGGGGUUCUUUAUUAUAACAAGCUCACAAUGAGUUUUAAUCUGCAGCUUGGUUGUAAAAGUGCUGAGGCAAAUGUGACUUGCAAAGUAGGCUUUUUGUCCAGCCUCUGGAAGAAGUCAGUGAGAGUUGCCAGUUCACCUAAAACAAAUGCCCCCUUUAGUUGUAUUUAUUUUAUGAAAUUGCAUACUACCCUUAAAUUAAUUUGUAUGCUUCCCCUCAGUCAAUUGCUUCCUAAGAUCAUGAACUAUAAUAUGAUGGUUCCAGGACCAAGCAAAGAUGUCUGAAAAACAAGUCAUGCCAGACCAAUCUCCUUUCUUUAGAAAGAGUUACAAGCUUGGUGGAUCAGGGGAAUGCUGUGGAUGUUCUGACAAAGUCGAUGUGGAUGAGGUAACUGUUAGGUGGAUUUGUAGCUGGCUGGCUGGCCAAACCCAGAGGGCUCACUAAUGGUUCCUCAUCAGCCUGAAAAAAUGACGUGGGGUGCCCAUAGGGUUCUGUUCUGGGUCUGUUGUUGCUCAACAUCUUGAGGGGAUGCUCAUCAAAUUUGCAAAUAACACCAAACUGGGAGGGGUAACUAAUGCAACAGAAGACAGAAUCUGAUUCAAGAUGGCCUUAACAGAUUGAAUUUCAAUAGGGAAAAAUGUAAAGUUCUACACUUAGGCAUGAAGGAAUCUAAGAUAGGGGUGGGGCACAUAUAUAAGAGGGGGGGAUGCCUGGAUUGCAGGUCAAAAAAACAAAAUGUUCCUCAGAUGCUAUCCAGACUAACACCCCACAACAUAAACCAGUCAAUUGCUUGAAUGCUGUACUCUUGAAACUUUGUCUUGCUUUUUAAACCCUUCUUUAAAGC